AUGUACAACGCAGCAGCCGUCUCAACCAUUGGACGCCAUGUCGCAGGUCUCCAGAGCACCCACAAGAAGGUCUCAACGGACAUCCUCAUCGUCAACAGGUUCCUCAGCCGCACGGGCCUACGCCAAAGCUCAAGCAGCGCGAGCUCAACUAGCCUAUGCCAAACAGGAAGCCAGCAUGAUGAAACAAAGAGCCGAAUUGGACACACAUCUCCAUAUCCUUCACGUACCAGGGAGUAUGUUAAACAACAAUCUCAACUGUUAUUUUCAGACAACCAGCAGGAUCCAGUACCCCCUCCUGACAGAGAUGUCACUGCAAUAGAUACACAAGACAUUUCACAGGUAAACAAUCCUAUGAACACUCAAACAAAUCCACCAUCAGGAAACAGGAUGAUGAAGCAGGAGCCAGUACUUAAUACAUGUGGCACAAACGAUGCAAAGGAUUUUGCAAAGUACCUCAUCCGUAAAGAGCUAGUAAGCACGAGCCUCAUGCAUUUUGACGAUAAACCCGAAAACUAUUGGGCAUGGAAAACCUCGUUUAUUGAUGCCACCAGAGAAUUAAAUCUGUCUCCCAGAGAGGAAUUAGAUCUGUUAGCAAAGUAUUUGGGACCAAAAUCAUCUGAACAGGCAAAACGGAUUCGUGCUGUACACAUCCUUAAUCCGGCUGCAGGUUCUGUGAUGGUCUGGCAACGCCUUGAAGAGUGCUAUGGUUCACCUGAGAGAGAGAAGGCCAUUAAAAUGUAUGCAGUGAUAGACGAACAGUCCAACAGGUCGUUGGCUAAGUCAGAGUUUUUUAACCUUUUCGAUAUCAGAGCCACACCUGUGCCUUACACAUUAAAGACAUGCGCUGGAAAUGUACAAGUAUCAGGAAGGAGAGCUGUAAAUUUCUUCAUUGAGUCUGUAGAUGGAAAAGUCAACAUUCAGUUACCACCACUAAUAGAAUGUGACUCUGUUCCAGACGACAGAACAGAGAUACCCUCCCCUGAGAUCGCACAGCAUCACCCACAUCUCUUCCCAGUUGCAGAUAAAAUUCCACCUGUUGAUCACCAGGCUCCUAUCCUUUUACUCCUGGGUAGGGACAUUCUCAGGGUCCAUAAGAGGUCAACGUUUACAAAAACACACACAUUAGAUAAUGGUCGUGUGUCCUACUUUCAGCCUUGCCCAAACAUAAUUCAUGUUAAAGAGAAUUAUGGGGUUGUGUUAGACAACGUCUGUGACACAGAUGACUUAGGGCACGCUGUGUUUGCUAGGUCUCAAUGUGAUGAUAAACGAGCUUUAUCGAUCGAAGACAAAGCUUUCCUAAAAAUUAUGGACAGAGAAGUCUACCAAAAUGAAGAGAACAGUUGGGUUGCACCUUUACCCUUUCGUUCAGAGAGGAGAAAACUCCAGAAUAACAGAGAACAAGCUCUAAAGCGUCUCUCUACACUGAAAAAGACAUUGGCAAAGAGGCCAGAGAUGAAGGCUCACUAUGUCCAGUUCAUGCAAAAAAUGUUGGACAAUGGCCAAGCGGAAUUAGCUCUGCCCGUCACGGUAGAUAAAGAACUGUGGUAUCUGCCUACAUUCGGGGUAUACCACCCUCAGAAACCAGAACAAAUCCGGGUUGUGUUUGACUCGAGUGCAGAGUGUGACAGGGUUUCCCUUAACCAAGUGCUUCUUAGUGGACCCGAUUUGAACAACUCUCUGUUAGGAGUGCUGCUACGGUUUCGUAAAGAGCCAAUAGCCCUGACAGCCGAUAUACAGCAAAUGUUUUACUGCUUUGUUGUUCGAGAGGACCAUAGAGAUUAUUUGCGCUAUUUGUGGUUCGAGGACAAUGACAUUACAAAAAAGAUACUAGAGUUUAGAAUGAAAGUUCACGUAUUUGGAAACAGCCCGUCUCCUGCUGUUGCCAUUUACUGUAUGAGACGAGCGGCACGACAGGGUGAACGAGAACAUGGCUCUGAUGCGCGUCAGUUUGUUGAGCGUCAAUUUUAUGUUGAUGAUGGUCUCACAUCUGUUGCCACUCCACAAGAUGCUAUUGACCUACUUAAGAGAACUCAAAACAUGUUGGCGGAGUCAAACCUACGCCUUCAUAAGAUAGCAUCAAACUGCAGUCAAGUUAUGGAAGCCUUCCCUUCAGAGGAGCAUGCAAAAGACUUAAAACAUUUAGAUCUAGGAGUAGAUCCUCUUCCAGUUCAGAGAACCCUAGGACUCUGCUGGAACCUACAAGCUGAUAGCUUUACUUACCGUGUGUCAGCUGAGACCAAACCAUUCACACGCAGGGGACUACUGUCAGUGAUAAAUAGCCUCUAUGACCCAUUGGGGCUGGUUUCCCCAGUCAUAAUGCAGGGCAAAGCAUUACUAAGGGAUCUCUCAUCUGAAGUUAAGGAUUGGGACGAACCGUUACCCCCCAACAAACAGGAAACGUGGGACACGUGGAAAAAGUCAUUGCAAGCCCUUGAAAACCUCCAAAUACCAAGAUGCUACUGCUCAGGUACAUUAAGCAUAAGUAAGAUAAAAGAGCUCUGCAUUUUCUCUGAUGCCUCUACCGUGGCUAUAGGCGCAGUAGCUUAUUUGCGAACAGCUAGUGAUGAAGGACGCAGCCAUGUCGGCUUUGUAAUGGGAAAGUCCAAGCUUUCACCUCGUCCAGCACAUACAGUACCGCGCCUAGAACUUUGUGCUGCUGUGCUUGCAGUGGAGAUGUUCGAGCUUAUUAGGGAUGAGCUAGACAUCAAAGUGGACUGUGUGAAGUUAUACACAGAUAGCAAGAUUGUGUUGGGAUAUAUACACAACACUUCCAAACGCUUCUACAUGUAUGUUGCCAACAGGGUUACACGUAUUAGAGCAUCCACACAACCAAACCAGUGGCAUUAUAUACCAACAGAGCUGAACCCAGCUGACCAAGCUACUAGGUUUGUCCCGGCAGCUGACCUGCAGAACACUUCCUGGUUCUCAGGUCCACCAUUUUUGUAUCAUGACACAGAACCACCCAAAACCGGUCCUUUCACCCUCAUUGAUCCUGAGAAAGACAAAGAGAUACAUCCAGAAGUGAAAGUGCUAAAAACUACAGUGUUGGAGUCACAUCUAGGUUCUCAGCGCUUUCAGAGGUUCUCUAGCUGGACCACGCUGUGCAGAGUUUUAGCUAGGCUCAUUCAUGUCAUCUCAUCCUUUAAACAGAGGAAAAUUGGAUGGAACAGUUUCAGGGAGACUCCAAGCAUCCAAGAACUCACAAAAGCCAAAGUAGUUAUCAUACGGGCUGUCCAGCAAGAUGCCUAUGAAGAGACAAUUAAAACGCUGAAAGAAGUUAAACAGAAAAAUGUGAAACUUGACACACUCAGAAAGCUCAACCCUUUAGUUGACAAAGACAACCUCUUAAGAGUUGGGGGACGUCUCUCCUCAGCCGAUCUCACUGAGAAUGAAAAGCACCCUCCCAUUAUCCCAUCCUCCAGUCAUAUUGCUACACAGCUAGCAAGACACUUUCACGAACAAGUGUCUCAUCAAGGGAGACACAUAACUGAGGGAGCUAUCCGAGGUGCAGGGUUUUGGAUAAUCGGAGCAAAACGCCUUGUGUCGUCUGUCAUUCAUAAGUGUGUUACUUGUCGAAAAUUGCGAGGCAAAAUGCAGGUUCAGAAAAUGGCAGAUUUGCCCGCUGACCGACUCACUCCUGAACCACCUUUUACAUCUGUCGGUUUGGAUGUGUUUGGACCAUGGACAAUCGUAACUCGUAGGACAAGAGGUGGCUGCUCUCAAAGUAAACGCUGGGCCAUUUUGUUCACGUGCAUGUCAACCAGAGCCGUGCACAAUGAACUGAUAGAGACUAUGUCUACUGACAGUUUUAUAAAUGCACUGAGAAGGUUCUUCGCCAUUCGUGGCCCAGCCAAGGUUCUACGCUCAGACAGAGGUACGAAUUUUACAGGAGCUUGUAAGGAGCUUAACCUUGAGAAAGAAAGCUCAGCAGUAGGAAAGUACUUGCAAGAAAGAGGUUGCAGUUGGAUUUUCAACCCGCCUCAUGCGUCGCAUAUGGGAGGGUCAUGGGAGCGCCUUAUAGGAAUUGCAAGGCGCAUUCUGGAUGCAAUGCUGUCACAAACUGAAUCAACGCGUCUCACUCACGAAGUCUUAAACACCUUUAUGGCUGAAGUGAUGGCAAUUAUUAAUGGAAGACCCCUGGUUCCUAUAUCCACAGACCCUGAUUGUCCUGUAGUACACCCAGCAAUGUUGAUAACACAAAAGGUGAGUGCUGUUUCUGCUCCAUCUGGAACUUUUCCACGUCAGUUGUUUGGGAAACAGUGGAAGCAUGUCCAGCACCUUGCUGAUACUUUUUGGAAAAGGUGGAGAGGAGAAUAUUUGCCCACCUUGCAAAGUCGUCCAAAGUGGACUGAAAACAGACCCAAUGUUAGAGAAGGAGAUGUGGUCCUACUGAAAGAUCCUCAGGCAAGCAGGAAUGAAUGGCCCAUGGGAAUAAUAACAAAAACCUUUCCCAGCAGGGACACAAAGGUCCGCAAAGUGGAACUGAGGGUAGUACAAAAUGGGACUGUGAAGAUAUUUCUAAGACCAAUAUCUGAAGUCAUUGUUUUGUUUUCUGAGACUGAGUGACUACUGCAUCAUCUGUUGCUAAAGAGAUGAGUUUUUUUUAUUUCUUAUGAUGUCUGUUGUGACAUAAUGUGAUUACGUCAAGCGGGGAGUGUCAUGCCUUUUGUUAAAAAGAGUUUGAGUUUAUAAUUAAUCAGAGUGAGACAUCCCGUUUUUGUUAGAGCUUUAAGGUAAAUACGUUAGGUAGUGAGUGCUCUCACGUCGAACAUAUCUUUGACGUAUUUUUCUAUUUUUUUUCCCUGGAAAAUCCCGUUUCAGCAAGUUAGCUUCAGAAACGGUUCAUGUUGAAGUGAAAUGUUCUACAGGCUUCUGCCUCGGCAAAUAUUCGUCUUUUUACAACAAUAAAAAAGGAUAUCAAAACCAGAUUAUUGAAUAAAGAUUCUUCCAGAAUGCAAGAAAAGCAAGCCUUGUGAGGAGAACUUUUUUUUAUGUUGUUCGCUGGCUGUCUAACUUCAUAUGGUCACGUGUUGUGA